CCUACAGUAAAUCUAUUUCCUCAUCGUAGAUUUGAUCACACCGCCUGCGUCAUACCGCGGGCAGAAUAUCCGUGGCCCGCGCCUCCGGUUCCGGGAUAUAAUCAUCCCUUAAAUCAUUGCCCUGUUGUUUGUUGCCUCUUUCAGUCAUAUUUUUGUUUGCUUUUAUCUCAGCGUUUUACAAGUUGAAGGCACGACCCUUGAUUAUUAUCAUUCCCCAUCCCAUCUCUACUUUGAUGAUAAGAGGGGGGUGGAUUUUUCAAUCCAUAUCAUUCUUAUUAUCAUAAAUAAAAAUUCCCUCCCGUUGGCAAAGAAGAAAAAACAACUCAUCCAUCCAUCAAGCCAGUCAUGGCAACCUCCACCACCACCACCACCAUCAAUUCCCUCCUCACCACCAUCUCCGAAACAACAACUCGCCUCCUCCCCUCUCCUCGCCGCGAGACCAUAACCCGCUCCCUAAACGACUUCUACCUCACACAUCCAUUCCUCGCAACCUUCCUCGCCAUCCAAAUCCUCUUCUGCGCCAUACCGCUCUUUCUCUUCGCGCUAUUCGCAUCCGGCGUGUUUCUACUAAGUGUGGUUUCGGCGCUGAUUGUCGCGGCGCUCGUGACGGGUCUUUGGGCAGCUGUGGCGCUAUUGGUGCUCGUGCCGGUCGUGGUGGGUAGUGUGGUUUUUGCCACGGUGGUGUGGGCGUCGGUGUGGAUGGGGGUGAUGGUCUGGAGGUAUUUUGGAUGGGAGAUGGGUGGGGGGGAUAAUGACAGACGACAACAACAACAGGAGGGGGAGGGGGGAUAUGGGAUGAGGAAUGGGGGAAUUGAGGAGGAGAAGAAUGGUGUGAUUGAGGAAAAGGAACAGAGUCUGGAGGAGAAGACGGAGGCGGAAAAGCAGGCGGAUGAGUGUGAUAGAUUGGGUGGUGAUGAGUUGGAGAUGUAGAUGUAAGUAAGUAAGUAAGUAUCUGGAGUUUGAGCCGGAUGAAGGUCGUGCUAUUACUAUACUAUACUCUAGGUCAUGGACAGUCGAAUUCCUUUUUUUUUCUCUUUUUGUUAUACAUAGAUGUCGUUGUUGUGAUUGUGAUAAUUUUAGACUAAAUUUUACCAUAUGCGCGAUCUUCUCAUAGACAUGGACAUGGACG